AGCUGAUCCCGCUGAGCCAAUUGUUGUGGGCCAACGUCCACGGGCUGCUCGGGCUUAUCUCUGCACGUUUUUUUAACACAUCAGCAUUGGCCGGAGCACAGACAUUUUUCACCUGCGGGUCUCGGCCGACGAAUUUGCUAGCGGAUACCGCAUAAAUUGCGGUCUUACGUCUACUUUUUUUUUUGUAAACCCCCGGAGAAGUUCACAAUGCAGGGCAGCUUUGUUUUGCUGCUGCUGGCAGCUUUCACAUUGACGGGAAGACUUGUGCAGGGCGAAGACAAUGCAGACGAGGAGGUGCAGGUGGAGACCUUGCUGAAACCCGAAACUUGUUCCGUACUCUCCACAAUGGGGGACACGUUGCAGAUCCACUACACGGGUAAACUGAUGGAUGGCAAGGUCAUUGACUCCUCACUGUCUCGGGACCCUCUUGUUGUCGAGUUGGGGAAGAGGACUGUCAUUUCUGGUCUGGAACAAAGCUUGAUCGGUGUGUGCGAAGGGCAAAAAAUCAAAGCCACCAUUCCAUCUUACCUCGCCUAUGGAAAAAAAGGUUACCCUCCUACAAUUCCAGGCGACGCGUCCCUUGAGUUCGAGGUGGAGGUGAUCUCUCUGACACAGCAGACUCCUUGGCAGAAGAUGGUAAACGACGUGUUCCCCCUCAUGUGUUUGGUGCUGGUACCCACUCUGCUCGGCUUGGUGGGACUCUACCUCUACAACAAGGCCAAGGACCCAAAACCCAGCAAAAAGAAGGCAAAGGACAAGAAGAGCAAGAAGAAAUAAGGAUGCCACAAAGAACUAUUUAAAUAUUUUUUUAAAAAUGUGUUUUCUUUGUGUUGAUUUUUUUUUUAAAUAUCCCUUUGUAAAGGUAUACCUUGAAUUGACCUCUUCCAUUUAACGGGUGUUGAUUGUACAGUAAGCAGCUUCAGUGACACUGAUGUUUACACUGCCUGUAGAUGUUGCACCUCUGACAGAUUUUCAGCCUCUGUGACCUUGAAUAAACUGAAACACAUCCAAAAUUCAACAGACAGACACAGACAACACAUUUUAUGAUGCAAUAAUUCUUGUUGUUUUAUUGGACUGCAUGUUUGAGUUAUCAUUUAUCAUAUUGGUUAAUAAUUUGUGUUCAAAAAGCUAACAAUUGGGCCUUUUUAGAUGUCGUGUUUUACACUUUAUCUUUGACCACCGCAUCUUAAGCCUUGUGUCACCGACUCUAUUGUCAAAUGGAAAAAUUAAAUCUUUGUCCUCAUGAAA